GCUCGCGCGCGCGGACCAGACACGACACGGAGCCCGCGCGGACGCGUCCUCAUUCAUGGCCUCCUCUUCCGUCUUCUCCCCGCUACUCCGUGCACUCCGGCCGUCCACCUCCUGCUCGGGGCGCUCUUCUGCCACCCACGACAACAGCGCCGCCGCUGUCGUUGCCGCUGGUGGCGCUGCCCCGCGGCCGGCGCCCCUCGCGGCGGUUGUCAGCCACAGGAGGGAGCUGUUGCUGGGGGCGGCAUUGGGCGCGGCGUUCCUGAAGGCGCCUUUGCCGGCCGAGGCGCGUGAGGUCGAGGUCGGCGCGGUCCUGCCGCCGGCGGCGUCCAACCCCGGGUUCGUGUUCUUCCGGGCUACUUCCAAGGACACUCCUGCACUUCGAGCUGGCAAUGUGCAACCUUACGAGUUCAUUCUGCCACCCACCUGGAAGCAAACGCGAGUGGCCAACAUUCUGUCCGGCAACUACUGCCAGCCCAAGUGCGCCGAGCCGUGGGUGGAGGUGAAAUUCGAGGACGACAAGCAGGGCAAGGUGCAGGUGGUGGCCUCGCCGUUGAUCCGCCUGACGAACAGGCCGAACGCCACGAUUGAGGACAUCGGUAGCCCUGAGAGGCUAAUCGCCUCUCUGGGGCCUUUUGUCACCGGGAACACCUUCGACUCCGACGAGCUCGUCGAUACCUCCGUGGAGAAGAUCGAUGGCCAAACUUACUACAGCUAUGUGCUAGAGACUCCAUUGGCACUGACCGGUUCUCACAAUCUGGCGAAGGCGACUGCCAAGGGGAACACGGUGGUGCUCUUCGUCGCAAGUGCCAGCGACAAGCAGUGGCAGUCGUCGGAGAAAGUUCUCAAGACCAUAGUGGAUUCAUUUAAAGUAUGAUGAUCGCUGCAGGUCUGCUAGUACGAUCUGUUUGUGGUGAUUUUGUUGAUGAGUACUUCCCAGCCUUGAGCUUGGGUAACUUAUCUGAAGUAAACUAGAGGCAUUUUUACAAGAGAAGCGGCGUUGCUUGUGAAGCUUGGAAACCAUAGUAGAGAGCUAGUACUGUAAUUGGUAAGGUGACACCAUGGCAGUACUGUUAUAGCUUAUCUGUUUAUGUGAGAACUAAGUGUACAGUGCACCUAACGCACAGGGAUUAUUUUUUCAAUAUAAGAUUAAAUACUAUGUUAAGAUUAAAUAUAA